AUGCCACUUCAGUAUGCUCUCCAAUUUGGUCAGAAGCUGGUGCGCAGGCGGCCACUGGGGCCCAGAGAGGAGACUGGGCAUCACACGGUUGGUUGUCUGAACACCCUAGACCUAGUGGUCAUAGGUGUGCAUAGGAUGCUGGGAGCUGGCGUGCACAUCCUGGUUGGUGCAGUGGCCAAGUACAUCGCUGGACCAGCGAUCAUCCUCUCCUUCUUGGUGGCCGCCCUGUCUUAUCUGUUGUCUGGGCUCUGCUAUAUAGAGUUUGGGCCCCGGGUACCACGCUCUGGUUCUAUACAUCUCUACAGCUAUAGCAUCAUGGGCCAGGUAUAUGGUUUCAUCAUCGGCUGGAAUCGCAUACUGUCCUUAACUGUUGCCACUGCCUGUAUAGCCCGGGCCUGGAGCUCCACCUUUGACAGCCUGAUUGGGAACCAUAUCUCUGAAGCAUUAGGGGGAACUUUCUCUCUGCAAAUGCCCUACUUCCUGGCCUCGUUUCCAGACUUUCUUGCCCUGGGCCUGGUGCUGCUGCUCACAGGACUACUGGCUCUGAGAGUUUAUGAGUCAACCCUGAUUAACAAAGUGUUCACAGGUUUGAACAUUUUGGUUCUCAGCUUCAUCAUCGUCUCUGGCUUCAUUAAGGGAGACCUGGACAACUGGAAGCUCACAGAACAGGACUAUACAUUGGCUGCAGCUGGAGCUGGUGAUGCCUCUAGCUUGGGCCUUCUGGGUUCUGGAGGGUUUGUGCCUUUUGCUUUUGAUGGAAUUCUCCAGGGAGCAGCUACAUGUUUCUACACAUUUGUUGGUUUUUCUGGCAUUGUCACUGCAGGGGUAAAAGCCAGCAAUCCUCAGUGGUCCAUCCCUUUGGCUGUCAUGAUCUCCUUCUUCAUCUGCUUUUUGGUGUGUUUUGGUGUCUCGGCGGCCCUCACCCUCAUGGUGCCCUACUACCUGAUUCAGCUUGAGAGCCCCUUGCUGCAAGCCUUCGUCUAUGUUGGGUGGGAGCCUGCCAAAUAUGUAGUGGCUGUUGGCACCCUCUGCAUUCUUUCCUACAGCCUCCUGGGUUCCAUGUUCCCCAUGCCCCGUGUGAUCUACUCAAUGGCAGAUGACGGGCUCCUUUUCCGGGGACUUGCCUGCGUCCACGCCCGCACCCAUACCCCUGUCAUUGCCACCUUGGCUUCUGGAAUUCUUGCAGGGGUCAUGGCGUUAUUCUUCGAGCUCCGUGACCUGGUGGACCUCAUGUCCAUCGGGACCCUGCUUGCUUACUCCCUGGUGGCAUUUUCUGUCCUUGUCCUCAGAUAUCAGCCGGGUAAGAAUUUAAGCAAGACCAAGAAAACAGAGAAAGGAACUGAGAUGCAGUCUGUAGCUGAAACAAGUUCUUUGGACACUGCACCUGAAGUGGGAACCUCAAAGAUUCUCAGGAGUCUCUGUCACCCUACCAGCACCAUCCCCAGCCGAACGUCUGGCCAGAUUGUCUAUGGAUGUGCCUUACUGCUUGUUCUCCUGCUGACCAUCCUGAGCCUGAUCCUGGCCCGGUGGCCCAGCCAGGUGUUCUCUGGAGACCCCGUGCUCACAGCAGUGGCUGUGCUGCUGUUGCUGCUCAUCACUGGGGUCACAGUCAUCAUCUGGAGGCAGCCCCAGAGCCCCACUGCUCUUCACUUCAAGGUCCCUGCUCUGCCUGUCCUCCCACUGGUGAGCAUCUUUGUGAACGUUUACCUGAUGAUACAGAUGACCUCUAGGACUUGGGCCCAAUUUGGAGUCUGGAAUGUGAUUGGAUUUAUCAUAUACUUUGGAUACGGGAUCCGACACAGCUUGGAGAACAGUGAGCAACAGCCAGCAGCCUCCACCUCCCAGACUCUUGACAAGAACACCCCGGGUGGUGGGUCAUCUUAA